UGCCUCGCAAGCUCGCACUCUGUUGUCUCUGCAAGUUCUUUAAUAAGCUUUUAAAGUGACUAGCAAAAGUUAGCAAAUCGUUAUUCGUCGUAGAAUGCUUAGAGUCAGUUAAAUAAAAAAUAGUAUGCCACUUAGUUUCUGCGUUACAGCAACUUACUUUGGUUUUAAAGCAAUGCUUUUUCAAAUAGUUUUUCCUUUUUUUUCUUUGAUCAGGUUUCCCUUGCAGGUGUGUUUUGUGGAUCGUAGCUAAAUCCUCUCUUUUCGGGCAGUGUAGAAGUUCCUAUCAGUUUGUUUCAAUGAGUUCUCAAGGAGACCAACGCGAACCAACAUCACCUGGACUGGAAGCUGUGAUUCAGAAGCUGGAGGAGUCUCUACUCUCUAGUCUCCCUGACAGAAGCAGCAGGGUAGAGGGGAGUAACCUGUCUCUGACACCAAGAGGAGAUGGACAGGAAACUGCUGCAGCCAAACUCGCUGCCUCGCCCGUCUCAGGCUCCGCCUGCUCUACAGUAACACCUGUCUCCUCCCGCAUCAGACAGAUCCUCACCAGGAACCUGGCUGACCCUAACCCUGCAGAUGAUGACAUCAGUCUUCAGGAAGAGAACAGCGUACUGAAGGAGCAGCUCUCUCAGACCAGGAUGGACCGGGACCAGCUACUGGAAAAACAGACCCAGCUCACAGACAGGCUUGAACAGAUGCUAGCUCUACAGUCCGCAACGGGGGACUCGGACCAAGCGAGUGUGUCUGUAGAGCGCCUGCGGCUGCAGAAUGGGGAGAGGGCCUACAGGCAAAAACUACAGGCCUAUCAGGAGGGACAACACAGACAGGCUCAGCUGGUGCAAAAACUGCAGACCAAGACGCUUCAGUACAAGAAGAGAUGUGGUGAACUGGAAGAGCAGGUGUUGGAGAAGACCUCCGAGUCAGAAAGACUACAACUCUCACUACAGGCCCAACUGGACUCGUCAGUCCACCGCCUGCACCGGACAGAAACACAGCUUCAGAACAACAGCAGAACCAUCCAGAGCAAACUGGCCAUGUUGGAGGAAGAACAGAAGAGGUGUGCCGGUCUCAGUCAGGUAAACGCCCUGCUCAGAGAACAGCUGGAACAGGCGAGCUCAGCCAAUCAGAGCCUGACGGAGAGCCUGCGCAGAGCCAGUGACGACUUGGAGCAGAAAGAUGCUCGGCUGCGCAAAGAACAAGAGACGUGUGCCUUCCGGGCGGGUCGUGAGCAGGCCCGUGUGAGGGCCCUGUGGCGCCAGGCAGCCUCCCUACGAAGCACCUUCACCCAGCUCAGGACCUUCGCUGACAGGAGUCUGUCUGAUAUACGUGGGGAGUGUGUGACUGCGAGCCGUAGUCUACAUGUGGCCUGUAUGUCUCUGGAGGCCAGCGUCACACCGCACAUCGCCCCUAGUGGCCUGGAGGUGUCAGAGCUGGAAAGGCAGCUCAGGGACAAGCUGAGGGAAGCCAUGCAGCUGCAGGGACACUGGGACGCUGAGAAAGUAGAGCUCAACUCCAGGAUCCUGGAGCUGACAGAUAUGGUAAAACAUCUCAGAGCCCAGAACAGUGAGAAGGAUACAGGCCUUGCUGCCAUGCAGACAAGUCUGGACAGGAUGGAGAGAAGCAGAGCGGAGGACAGGGCUGAGACGGACGACUUUCAGAAGGUCCUAACCAGCAUCACACAGCUGGUUCAUGGUGGUGAGGAUGGUUAUGUCUCUGGUGGUCAACCUUCGUCCUCCUCCUCCUCACCUCUCCGGGGCCGCAAUUCCCAAUGCAACAGCACCCUGAUGGCUGUCAAAGGUCUCCUCUCCCAAAACCAGAUACAAGCACAGGACCUGCGUAGCCGGCUGGAUGCAGCCCUGGAGCAGGUAGAUAUUCUACAAAGUAAUCUGCAGGAGGAGGAGGAGGAGAGGAGGGACCUGGAGAGGAAGAUGAAGGAGGUGCACAGGGAGAAGCAGCAGGUUGAGAAGAGUCUGGAGGAGAAACACAGAGACAACCAGAGGUUCCACACCUCCCUGGACCUCCUCAACAGUGAGAAGGUCAGCCUGGAGAAGCUGGUUGUGGGCCUCCAGCAGAAGACAGAGUCCCUGGGGGCAGAGCUGGAGGUGAUGAGGGGGUCGGCUGGGGAUCUCCAGAGACAGAGAGACCUGCUCCGCCAGCAGAGAGACGACCUGGAGAGACAGCUGGAACGCCAACGCACCGAGGCCCAGAGAGGUGAACGGAGUCUGGAGCAGCUGGAUGGAAAGAACAGUGACCUGCGCAGGGAGCUGGUGACAGUCAGGGAGGCUCUGAGUCAGGUCACCCUGCAGAAGGAGGUCCUAGAUGAUGAGAAGAGUAGCCUCACCCUGGCUCUCAGCAAGAUGGAGUCCCAAAGUGCAGAACAGGAGCUGUCAGUCACCAAGCUACAGUACCAGGGGGCUAGCCUAAGAGACUCUCUGGCCAAGAUGGCUGCCCUGAGUGAAGGCCUGGCCAACGACAAGGUGGAGCUCAACCGUAUCCUGCUACAGAUCGAGGGUGAGAAGGCGGAGCUAGGUGAGCGUCGUCGGGAGGCGGAGGUGGAGAGGGCUUCGGCCAGGGAGGAGAUGGGGAGGCUGCAGCAGGAGCUCCAGGACCUGAUCGCUGACAGACGGUCCCUGGAGAGCUCCUAUAGCCUCCUGCAGGAAACCAACCAGAGACUGGAGGCUGAACUGGCACUGCUGCAGAGGGAGAACAACCAAAUCCUGGAACAGCAUGCACAGGUUAAUAAGCAGGUCCAGUCCUUGUCCGACCAACUGACUUCCUGCCGUAGAGAGCUGGACAGCAAGGCUGUGGCCCUGCAGAGGGCCCAUCAUGACAGAGAGGAUGUGGCCAAGGACAAGGCCAGUCUGGGGGUCCAGCUGACUGCCGUUGACCGCAGGGCAUGGGGCCUGGAACAGGAGCUGGCGAUUCUCAGAGCGGAGAAGGAGUCUCUAGAGACGUGUGUCUUUGAGGGCCAGGAGCUAGUGUCCUCUCUGGAGGGGGAGAGGAACCGACUGGAGGUGGAGCGAAGCACCCUAACGAUGGCUGACGAGGACCUGACGCGCGAGGUGGCCCGUUUAAAGGCGGAGGUUGAACUGCAGGUGUCCCGGGCGGCGCAGGAGAGAGAGGAACUGGAAACCAAGCUGGCUCAUGCAGAGAGGAACCACCGGAUAGCCCUCAGCACCAAAGAACACAGUCACAGAGAACAACUGGAGAAGGAACACGCCGACAAGGAACAGCAGUGUUUGAACCUAACCCUGCAGAGGGAGCGUGCAGAGUCCCAGCUACGAUCCCAUUGUGAGCAGCAGCGUUUGCAGAGCCAGGCUGACCUGCAGCAGCUGCAAGAAGAGAUGGUCCGGUUGCAACAAGUCUGCAACAACAGCCUGCUGCAGGCCGAGAGCACAAAACAACUGGCCCUGUCCCAGAAGGAGGGCGAGAAGGCAGCCCUGACAGAGAGGCUGGCAGGCCUACAGCAGGAUCUGGAGACAGCAAGGCUGGAGAUGGAGAGAGGCAGGAGAGAUGCUCUGAGCCUUCACGAACAGGACAAGGACAGUAUAUCAGGUCUUCGGUGUGAGCUGCAGUCCUUGCGUUCUCGCUUCGAGGAGUCUCUGAGUUCCCAUGAGUCAUCAGAGAAGAGUCUGACUGAGCAGGUCAGAGAGCUCAACCAGCAGAGAGAAACAGCACGACAUGAGGUGGAGGGUCUUCGGCGGGACCUCCAUCGGGCAGAGGAUGAAAGUGACGCAGGGCGGGAAGAGCUGAUCGAGUCCCACAGGGAGCUGAGGGAAGUGGCUCAGGAGAGGGACGACCAGAGGAAGGAGGUGCUGGACCUCAGGAGGCUGCUGGGGGACGAGAUCCGAGACAAGGAGGCCAUCCACUCCUCCAACCAGGAACUCAGAGCUGCAGUGAAGAGAGCAGAGAAUGACAACAACAGUCUGCGGCGUAGCCUGGAGGACAAGGAGCAGAAAGUGGUGGUGCUGGAGGUGUGUAAGACCUCCCUGCAGCAGGAAGUGUCCAAGCUGAGGAGCACAAUGAGAGAGCUGGAGAAGUCCCGGCUGCAGGCACGCAGAGAGCUGCAGGAGCUACGCAGACAGGUGAAGAUCUUAGAGAGGGAGGCUGCCCAACAGAGGGAGGAGAUGGGAGAACUGCAGGCCAGGGUGUGUCAGGAGGAGGUGAAGGAAGAGGAGGCAAGGAGGGAGUCCUUCAGUCUUAAACAGAGAGUCCUGGAGAGCGAGGCGGGCAGGGAAGCGGCCAUCAAGGAGGCUUCUGGGUUGCAGCGUCGUGUUGUGGAGCUGGAGGACGCGGAGCGUCAGAUGAGGGAAGUGCUGGCGGAGAGAGAGGCGGGGCUUCAACAGAGUCUCCUCCUCCACUGCGAAGAGACCUCACAAUUAGUGUUGGCACUAGAGGAGCAGUCUACUCAGGUAAGGGAGCUCACCCUGCGUGUUAGCCUAGCAGAGGGCCGUGCUCAGGGGCUGGAGGAGCAGCUAGGACAUGGGGAAGGCCAGCGCAGAGAGCUGGAGCACAGGCUGGUCGGGCUGACCUCUGCCCUGAGACGAACCCUCGGGAUAGGCCGCUCACAGACCCCUGGGUCCAGAGGAAGAAGCCCCUCCCCCUGGAGAAGUCGCUCACCUGUGAAGGGUGAAACCAGCACAUCCCCGGGAGGUCCUGUGUCCUUCCCAUCCUGUAGUGAUGAGGGGGAGCUGGAUGUGGACGCGGUGCAGAGAGCCCUCAGGGACUUCCACCAGGAACUCAAAGACACUAAGAGACACAGGGAUGAAGCUAAGGCCCACGUGACCAGUCUAACCCGGCAGGUGGCCGAGCUACAGACCAGCCAGGACGAGUCAGGCACUAGGCUGCAACAGUUGACCAAAGCCCUGAAGGGCCUGGAGGAGGGGAAGAGAGAGGUGUCGGAGCAGCUGUACGGGGCUCAGACCUCCCUCUCCCUGCAGGAGGAAGUGACACGGCGAGGGGACAGGGACAGGAAGAGCCUGGCUGAGGAAGUAGUUAAACUCAAGACCAGUCUGCAGACCUUUGAAGCUAAUAGUAGGACACUGCAGGAGAAGCUGGAUCGUUCCCGGGCCGGGGAGGCUCGCUGUGAGGGGGAGCGUCGGAGGCUGAAGGAGGCCCUGGAGACAGCGGAAAGCCGGGCAUCACGUCUGGAGCUCUCCCAGAGGACCCUAGAGGGAGAGCUGGAACGGGCACAGCGGAGGGCAGCCGAACUGGAAGGAGAGGUGGCAGCCCUGGGGGAGAGGCUUGCAGAGCUGAGGAGAGAGCUGGGGGUGACUGAGGACCGGGCGGCUGGGCUGAGGGUGAACGAGGAACGGCUGGCUACGGCCCUGGCCUGGGCUGAGCUCCAGGAGGGCCAGCUGAGAGAGCAGCUCCAGGGGUUGUCCACCUCUCUCAAUGACAGUAGUGCCACUGUAGGAGCCAUGCAGGAGCAGACCACCCAGCUGCAGAUGGCUCUCACCGUCUCAGACCAGGACCGAAGGCUCAUGCAGGAGCGUGUUGAUAAGCUGCGUGAAGCCCUGUCUAACAGUAAGAGACAGAACCAUUCCCUGACUGAGAGGAUCCAGAGCCUCCUGAGAACACAGGAGGACACUGACCUACGGGCCUCGGAGCUGGAGAAACAGACCCGGACUCUGAAGAAGAUGGUGAAGCAAAGGCAAGAGUCUGCAGAGUUCGCUGCCCAGGAGAACUCUACGCUACAGCAGAAGGACAGGGAGGAGCUCCAGGAGAGGUUGUCCGGCCUCCACAGCACCCUGAAGAAGAUGGAGGGAGAGCGGGCAGAGCUGGAGAACUUGCUGGCCCGUCUGGGGAAAGACAAGGCUUCACUCAGAAAGACUCUGGAGAAGGUGGAGUUGGAGAGGUUGAGGCGGGAGGAGGAGGCAACAACAGCAGCCAGAGAGAGAGAACAGCUGGGCCAGACAGUACUCAGCCUGGAGCAGGAAGUCAACCACCGGCAGCUGGAGAUACAGACGGUACAGGCCCAGAUGACCCAGCUGGAACGCUCCCAUGCUCAGCACCUCCUGGAGGUGACGUCCCACCAUCGCCGGGAGAUGGACUCGGAGACAGAGAGGCUGAGGGCGACGCAGCUACAGGCGGAGAGGGCUCUGGAGACCAGGGAGAGAGCCCAUCGGCAGAGGGUCACAGUCCUGGAGGAGCAGGUGCUGACGCUGAAGGAGCAGUUGGACCAGGAGAUGAGGAGGAGGCAGGCCUACGUCAACCAGAUACUGAGAUAAUGGGGUGCAUGCUAACCAGUGGCCCCUGGCCCCUGGAGAGGGAUGGGGAGAAUGACAGUAUGGCAUUCUGGGACAGACAGUCCUUAGUAUGUAUGUUACUGGGAAUCAACAGAACGUACACAUGUAAACACACAUGUAAACACACAUAUAAACACACAUGUAAACACACAUGUACUCACACUCACAUACACACACACUUAGGUACGCAAGACACACAAUGACAGGCAGACACAAGCCCAACACUGGAUUUCAGUAAUCUGCAGAGAAACAGUGAAUGUGUUGUUUCUGGCUGUGCUGGAAGCUGUUGUCAGAUUAUUUAAAGGAUUUGCUCAGACCAGACAGGUCACACGGUGCUGCUGAGUCUGUUGCUGUUGUUGUCUCGGUUUUGUCAAAUCAACACAAUGUGAAGAUAGAGACACACACACACACACACACACACACACACACACACACACACACACACACACACACACACACACACACACACACACACACACACACACACACACACACACACACACACACACACACACACACACACACACACACACACACACACACACACACACACACACAGACUAACCAUUACUGUUGUCUCGGUAUGUCUAACAACAAUCCUUCCACUGUAACACUGAACCUUUACUGCAGCAUGUGUUUAUGUAGGUUAUAAUUAUCAGCAUUAAAACCCUUAUAACCAUUUUUUAAUUCAUUAUUUCUAGUUUUUGAAUUAUAUAAUAUUUGUAUUGAAUUGUCAAUUUUCAAUGAUUAAACCAGUCAUAAGGUGAUGAGAAUGAUUUAGCGUGAUUUAAGCGUGAUUUAAAUACAGAAUAACAGGUUUAUAGCACUGUUGUCCAUUCCCAUUGGCUGGCUCGGUACACUCAUUAGACUGUAAUUCUAUUUAACUCAUCACAAUGAGGUUAUUAUGUUUGUGACAAAUAAAAGACAGACUGGUUAAUGCAA